CUUCGAUGGCGCCUCCCCACCACUCGCGGCUGCGGCGCGCUUCUUGCUGUCGCGCCGCGCGACGGCCGCGAGCCGCCGUUCUUCGAUCGCCGCGGCCGUCGCCGCAUCAAUUGUAGAAGAGGGCAGCUCGAACUCGGGCGCCGGCGCCGCGCUCCCCCUACCAGACGCCUCGCCCGCGACGCCGCGCUGCACGAGCGCGUCCGCGCGCUCGUUCAGCGCGUCGCCGCUGUGGCCCUUGACGUGCUCCAACGCGAGUUUCCGCUUCCGCCGCGUGCCCUCGGAACAGUACAGGUCCCUACACGUCUUCGCGAGGUCGACGUUCUUGUGGGCCCGGAACGCGCCGGACGUGAUGUUCGCCGCGUACGUGGAAUCAUAACAUAAAGCCGCCGGCCCGUCGCUCCCCUCCUCGUCGCGCAGCCACAGCAGGGCUUCGGCGACGCCGCUGAGCUCGCCCGUGUUGUUCGAUUUUUUCUCCGCGCCGAGGUAGUGCGCGUGUCCCGAGUCGAUCACGACCGGCCCCCACCGCUCCGCCAGCACCUUGCCGUCGCGGACCGCGAUGAACCCCCAGCCCGCCGGCUGGUCCCGCUUACUGUCGACGUUCUGGUUGCCGCGGCAGCCGCCGUCCGUGUAGACGGCGACGGUGCCCUUCGGCGGCUUGUACGUUGUACGCUUCGGCUUCGUCGUGGACGAAGCGCGCGUGGCGGGCGCGGGGCUCCCGCGCACAAACGCCGCGGCCUCGGACUGGCUCUUGAACUUCUUGAACCGCGCGCCCGCGAAGCCGCUCACGAGUCUCUCGGCCUCGGGCCAGGACCCGAAGACGCCCGUUGCUCUUCCUCUAGCUACGGCGUAGAACAUGCGCUGGGCGGACAUUGUCGUCGCGUCGGCGGCGCGUCGGCUUCCUGUAAUGCCUGGCGCGUCGGCGGCGCGUCGGUGCUGCCCGUUGACUCUGCACAGUGCAGCCUCAGCAGGAGUGCGCACGGCGGCGGCGUCGGUCUGCGCGCGCGCAGUUCUCAAUGAAACGAAGUCGCAGCAGCCCUGCGACGAAGCGUGAAUGUCGCAAAGGGUUUUUACCGCGCGUCUUAGCGCCGCUUCGCAG